AUGUCGGAUCCAUCCACCUCGGCUGUUGGCGCUCACCAGCAGCAGAUCAGCACGGGUCCCGUUCGUCCAGAUAUGGUGGCAAGCGCCAUUACCUUCCUCUCGGAUCCCAAAGUGCAGUCGUCGUCCAUGUCGCAGAGGGUGAGCUUCCUCGAAUCGAAGGGUUUGCGCCCAAACGAGAUCGAUGAGGCUAUCCGUCAGGCCAACCAGUCUCAAGCUGGUGCAUCGGCUGGCUACGCUUCGUAUGCAGCUGGGCCACCUGCCCCAUACUAUGCCGGCGCACCUUAUGGAGCGUACCCCGGUGGCCCCGGUCAAGCUCAGCAGCAGGGUCGCGACUGGAGGGACUGGUUCAUCAUGGCGGUAGUAUCAGGAAGUAUCGGCUACGGCGUGAUUUCGCUGGCGAAGAAGUAUCUCAUGCCACAUCUGCAGCCACCUAACGCCAACGUCCUCGAGGCCGACUUGGACUCGCUGACGGCCAAGUACGACGAGGUGGCCAGCCAGCUGCAGGCGCUCGAUGCACAGACGCUUGCAGUCAAGCAAGGGCUCGACGAGCAGAAGGCGGAAGUGGAGAAGAGCAUCAAGGAGGUCGAAGAAUGCGUGCAGACCGUGCGCGAAAACGAGAAACGUCGGGAUGGAGAGCUUGACCGCAUCCGUGGUGACGUCGAGGGCAUCCGCAAGGAACUCGGCAGUCUGUUCGAAAAGUCAAAGCAGGCUCAGACCAACUCGCUGUCCGAGCUGCAGUCGGAGCUCAAGUCGCUCAAAUCGCUUCUUGUCUCGAGGGGAACCGUCGGCGGUCAAGGCGGAGCCAUGCAGGGUGCAGGAGCUGCAGUGCCGCCACGUCCCUACGGUGUAGGCUACGGCGCUGGCUCGUACGGCUCGCCCACCAUCGGCACGCCUACCGGCGAUGCUAGUCCACCUCACCUCCCUAAGCCGACGAUCCCGGCGUGGCAGCUCGCCGGAGCCGGCUCUGCUUCCAACGGUGCUUCCACUCCCACGUCAACGGCAGCCACCACCAAGGAGGCCGAGGCGAGCAAGCCCUCCGAGCCCAGUCUCGCUGAUCCCGCUGAGGAGAUGUCGAAGAGCGAAGGCAAGGGCAAGGAGGCAAGCGAAUGA